CCUCUCUCUCUUGCAAAGUUAAAAACAGACUUUGUUUAUCUUGCAGGUUGUUAGCUGAAAUGCUCUCAGACUAGAACCUACUUCAAAGCCACGUUAUUCUACUCUUCCCAGCCGUAAACGCUGAGAAGAGCACGAAAAGCUCUUUUUAUUUCGCUGCCUUAUCAUUUCCUUGUAAUUAAUUCUCAUUGUUUUUUUCUGAUUUCUGCAGCUCACACCGUGUAACACGACACAAAAAGCGACCAGGCUUUCAGUUUUUGUUCUUCAGCACCUGCAAUUUGUCGAAGACAGUUCUGUACUUAAUAUAUUGUUCUGCAGACGUGAGGCUUGCUGUUUUUUUUUUAGAAGCUCCUCGUGAGGUUUUUUAAUCAAGCAUUUGGAGAGCGCCAUGGCGACCGAAGUGGAUACGUGGUCCUCCGCUCCUAAAGCCGAUGGGGUUUUCUCUUUCGAAGACAACCUGGCCCAGGCGAACUGUCCCUACACGGUUGACGAUGAGUUGCUGAAUGAGGCGGAGGUGAACGAGAACUGGACCCCUCAGGAGAAAGCGCUCCACGAGGCGCGACUUAAAGCCAAAGCCAAGCGCCGCCUGCGCAAGUCAUCCCGCAACUCCACCAGCGAGUCCUUCUCCGAAUCGGGAGAAACUUCAGGAGGUGACCCUAACAGUCCGAAGGGCAAAAUCAUCGUCAGCGACCGCAAAUCCAGGGCCGGCAAAGGAAGAGGGCUGCCAAAAAAAGGUGGGGCAGGAGGUAAAGGAGUGUGGGGGGCCGCAGGGAUGGUUUAUGAAGACGAGGAGCCUGAUAUGCGAGACCCAAACUACGAUGAGUCUUCUCAGGGGGACACAGUUUACGCGACAGUUGUUCCAGAAAUAGAUGAGAAGGAACUGGAGAAAAUGGUGAACCCGAUUGUACAGGAGUACUUUGAACACGGAGACACGAAAGAGGUCCAGAUGUUGCUGAAGGGGCUCAACCUGGGCUCACAUAAGUACGAGUUUUCCUCCCUGGCCGUGUCCCUGUCCCUGGAGGGCAAAGCCAGCCACAGAGAGCUGACCUCCCGCCUGCUGUCCGAUCUGUCAGGCAAGAUGCUGUCACAAAGUGAAAUGGCCCGUGCCUUCGACAAGAUCCUCAAAGAGCUGCCAGACCUCAUACUGGACACACCAGAGGCUCCACAGAUGUUAGGGCAGUUUGUAGCAAGAGCCAUAGCAGACCACGUCCUCCCCAUGUCUUUCCUGGACUUUUACAAGGGCAAAGUGGACUGCGAGCAUGCCAGAGUGGCUUUAGACCGUGCCGAAGUGCUGCUGACCAUGAAGAGGGAGAUGGUUCGUUUAGAUAAUGUGUGGGGCGUUGGUGGAGGCCUGAGACCUGUGAAGCAUCUCGUCAGAGAGAUGAACCUCCUUCUGAAGGAGUACCUGGUAUCAGGAGACGUUUCGGAGGCGGAGCACUGUCUGCGGGAUCUGGAGGUCCCACACUUCCACCAUGAACUGGUCUAUGAGGUUGUGGUUAUGGUGCUGGAGUCGAAAGGAGACACUGCCAGUCACAUGAUGAUAAAGCUGCUGCAGUCCUUCUGGAAAACGGGGCUCAUCACUGUGGAUCAGAUGAACAGGGGUUUCCACCGUGUCUAUGACGAGCUCCCAGAAAUCAACCUCGAUGUGCCGCAUGCUCACUCCAUCAUGGAGACCUUUGUGGACCUCUGCUUCAAGGAGGGUGUGAUCACCAAAAAGCUGCAGGAAGCCUGCCCUGCCAGGGGACGGAAGCGCUUUGUCAGUGAAGGAGAUGGUGGAGUGAUCAAGAGCUAAUUCACAGGAGAAAGAGCCGCAGGAGGAGGGAGAGGAGGGGUGUCUACAGGUCCUCACCCAGUUUCCUCUCCAGCUUCAACAUGUUUCCCCUGUGAUAUCGGGGCGUGCUGGCAGUCUAAAGUUUCCUUGUUCCUCUCCUGAUAAUGUUGUCAUUACACAAACCAGCAUUGAUGUUUGGUGUAAGUAGACGGAAAAUUUGCCCAGGCGAUCGGUUCCAUUCAUCUUGUUGAUCACUGUUUGUGACAUUUUUUUGUAAGAAAAUUCUUUAUUUUUGGGGUCGAUGCGCCCCCCUUGCCUCAGUCUUUGUACCUGUUUGUCAAGAAUAACUAGAGUCAGAGCUGCAGAAAGACGAGUAGACGGGCUGGGGUGUGUGGGAGAUGAAUCUGGGUGUUUUGUCUGUUGCUUCGCUAAAUGUUGAGCGCUAUCGAAACAAAUUACUUAAAAGACAGAGCAUACUCAACAUUCAGAGCGCUUAGUAAUUUGGCUCAACAACAGGAUCAAAACCGCUUCAUUUUCUGCCACAAAUUAUUAGAAAUUAUUUCAAGGACAACAUACUUACUACCUUCUGGUACAAGUGAUUUCUAUUGAUCUUUUAUGAAAGGGGUUUUUUUUUGUUCAGUUUUCUUUUUAUUGCAUCUUGGUCCUCUGAGACCAAAUGUUAACUUUAUUUGACACUGGUUGGUUGGUUGGGUAAUUGAAACUUGCUUUGGGCAAAUAUACGUUGCUCUUUUUCUGGAAGAAAAACAAAUAUUGGGGUUAAUGUAUGCAAAUAAAACCAAAUUAAGCAUGCAAUAUUUUGAGCAAUCGAGCAAUUUUCAGUUAAUAAAUCUACAGCUCAACAUGUAGAGAAUCAGGAAGUUGACUUUAAACUGGGUUACCUGUCUAAUUUGUCUGUAAAAUGGCCACCUCAGCUUUGAUAAGCAUAUUCAUUUAUGCAUAUUCAUUUAUGCACUGGUUGUUUUUCAUGUUGACGAAAGUAAAAAAUGUGUGUGUAUAUAUAUAAUUCAUUAAAAGCAACAAAAAAUA